AUGGACUGGCACGUAGCGUCCGGGGCCCAUGCGCUGGCUGCGCGAAGCAACCGGUCGUACCGCGACCUCUGCAGACGCGCGCUCUUGCCUGGCGCCGUGCUGGAAGCCGACGCGCGCCAGAUCGCGCUCGAUGUCCCGCGCGCCGGCGUGUCCCUCUACCGCUACGUCUUGCAGCACGACGCGACCGAAGACGAUAGCCUUGACAUGGCGCCGCUAGCCCCGUACCUCGAGUCGCUCAAGCGCAUUUUGAUGGCCUACGCCGUGCGCAACGUGCGCGUCGGGUAUGUGCAAGGCCACGCCGACGUCGUGAGCUUCCUCCUCGGCCAUGUCCAUGAAAGCUCGGCGGGCUACGACGAAGAGCAUGUCUUCUGGGUCUACUGCGUCGUCAUGGAGCGCAUCUUCCCGUCCGACUUUUUCGCGCGCCUUCCCAAGCUCCAAGGUUUCCACGUUGACAUGGACGUCCUCGGGCACCUCAUCACCUUGAAGCUGCCACGGCUGGCCAACGCCAUGCCCGAGAGCGACUUGCAAUGUCUCUCGUCGCUCCUCGCGUUCAAGUGGUUCAUCACGGUCUUUGUGGGCCAAGUGCCCACGCAAGCACUCGCGAGCUACUGGAACUACACACUGACGGCGACGCCGAGCACGGGCUCCAUUGCGCACUUUGUGAUGGCGCUCAUGCUGCUCGACUCGGCCACCGACGACAUCAUCGACUCGAUCACAAUGGACGACGGCGACGCCAGCUUUGCGUACAAGAUUGCGCUCGAGCACGCUGCGAGCAUGGACAUGGACGUCUUUGCGCAUCUGGAAGCGAAGGCAGCAACGUAUGCGCUCACGGAAGAGGCCAUCGAAGCGCUCCGCGUCGACGUGCGGCUGCACCCGCAUUACAUGGAGCAAGAAGUGUGCGCGCUGCACGGCAUUACACACUUUGACCGAUCGCAGUUGGAGCAGCUCCAGCUCGAGUUUCAGUACAUUCUGCGCACGACCAACCACGCCAAGCUGCCGACGCUGGCCGGUGGCAUCAACAAGGAAGUGCUGCGGCCGAUUUUAUCCCGGGUCAUUCCCGAGUGGGGCUCAAAGAGCCUCGACCAGCUCUUCGAGGUUCUCCAGCCCGACGCGCGUGGCCACGUGGACUUUCAACGCCUCAUGCUCGCGCUCUCGAAGGUCGGCCACCUUGAUGUCGAGCAGAUGAUCCUCAUGGCCGGGUCCCUCUGCGAGAUCUACCACAACAAGGUGUCGAUUGCGGCGCCCGCAAUGGCCUCGCACCCGAAGAAGAAGAAGAAUAAAUUUCGGUCGGCGUCCGCCGACACGGCGCAGAUCAUCGAAGACGAAGACGACGCGGCCGCGCUCUUUGAUCGCUUUGGGCGCGUGCUCCCGACGGCCUUCAUGCAGAAGCUCCUCCGCAUGGACGUCGAUUUGGACCGGAAGCUCUCGUUUCGCGAGUGGUACCAGGGCGCGAUGACCGAGCCGCUCAUCUUGCGCUGCUUUGGCGACGAAGACGACGAGCAGCCGACGACGACAACCAACCGGAGCCGCCGGCCGUCGCGGAGCUUCUGGGUCGACGACCUCAAGCCGACGCUGGCGAUGCGCCGGCGCAGCAACAGCUCGGACGGCGUCGUGCCGAUUCGGUCGCCGCCGAUCGCGCGGGAGAAGGCGCUCUCGGCCGCGAGCGACAACCCAUACCGGCGGAAGGAUGGUGGGCGCAUCUCGCUCUUGUCGCCGACGACCGAGUUUGAGCUCUUCUCGGCGACGAUGACCAUGUCGUCGCAGCCGACGAUCACGCCCGAGGACGACCAGGAAGGCAACAGCGUCGUCUCGGAGAAGACGAAGGCGCCAUCGACGCUGUUUCCUGAAGCGCUCCAGGCACGGAGCCCCGACAAGCUCUGCCAAGCGUCCUUCUGCUACGGGUGCACGAUUAGCUAG